AUGUCAGUCAGACCUCUGAUCAUCUGCCUCCUCUUCACGAUCAGCUGUACCUCAUCACACCCCUCUCUUCCUCCGCGCGGAUGCAGUUUGGAUGUGGAACCUCCGUACAGAGUGCUGUGUGACCUCGAGUCUGCGUGGGGGGUGGUUUUAGAGGCAGUGGCCUGUGGUGGUGCCAUAACCUCCCUGGUUCUCGCUCUUGUCCUUAUUGCAAAGCUGCGCUCUAUCUACAACCCAGAUAGGCGUUCUGGCCUGGGGCCUCUCCUCCUGCUCCUGGCCACCCUCUUGGGUCUCUUCGCCCUCUCUCUGGCUUUCCUAGUGGGGAAGAAUCAGGCCCUCUGUGUGGUCCGCAGGGCUCUCUGGGGUCCCCUUUUCGCCCUGUGCUUCUCCAGUUUGCUAGUCCAGGGGAUUCGGCUAAGGAGGCUUGUGGCGGGCAAAAGCAGCCCGACUGGCAGCUCCCUGGCUGGGCUUGGUAUGGCUUUGGCCCUCGUCCAGGGGAUUAUCUCUGCUGAAUGGGUGCUUCUGACUGUGGUCAGGGAGGGUCACCCGGCCUGUGACUACCCACCGUUAGACUUUGCUCUGACAUGCAGCUACACCCUGGGGCUGCUUCUCAUAGCCAUGGGUAUGUCCUUGGGGGUGGUGCUGUGUGGGGGAGAGAUGGAGGCCGAGAGAGGGGGUGGAAGGGAGGAAGGCAGGGAAGAACAGAGUGAAAAACAGAGAUGGAGGUGCAACGGUAUCUGGCUCUUCCUGUCCUGUCUGACAUCAGCUUUGCUUUGGGUUUCCUGGCUUGGAUUCUACCUCUAUGGCAACCAGGGACUGAGGAUAAAGGGGAAAGGAGAGCGGUCAGGGGUUGGGGGGAAGAAAGGCAUUAAGACUUGGGAUGAGCCUGCAUUAGCCUUGGCUUUGGUCAUCCAGGGCUGGAUCCUACUGCUGUUCCAUGCCAUCCCAGAAGCCCACUUGUGUUUGCGGAGGCCUGCAGAAUCUCCCACGCAAGACUACUUUGACACCAGCCAGCCUGCCGCUCCUCCACACUUUGGAGACGAGCCCUCUGCCCACCCUCACCAACCCUUCGGCGACAACCAACCCUAUUCUAUAGAAGAACACAGUGCAACCCUCCGAGGUGGAACAUACCACAGCGGCCAUGGAAGUAUCCGUCCAGGCAUCCCCUACCGGGGUCACGUAUACCAGCCGACUGAGAUGGCCCUAGUCAUGAAUGGUGGAACAAUGCCUACAGCCCCUAUAAACUACACUGGAAGACAGCUGUGGUGA